UUCAAUCCCAACUCAUCAACCUAUCAUACCACUUGUAUCUAAAAUGUUCAACAUAGAGAAUUGUCUUCGACUAAUAAAGUCGUUAGUGGCUUUAUUUAUCACUACAUCUGAUAAUGAGCAUGCAAUAAAAGGUAUAAAGGAAUGUACGAGAGCAAUAAGAAAACUGUAUCGGGAAUUGCCAGGUUGUACUUCAAUUGGAGGAAAACAGCAACUCGAAGCUCAGAUCCGUUCUAUAAAAUCAUUGAAACAACAAUUCAAACAACAACAACGAAUUGGUGCAGGUCUGAGUAGACGAAAGGAAACUGCUUGGAACAGAGUCCAUUGGAAUGAUUCAUUAUCAGCAUUCGACUCGAGAAUAAGAACAGGUGUGAUUAGUAACCUGAAACAUAAGGAGCCUAAGGAUUUUUUGAUGGACUGCGAAGCUAUAUUUCGUCGAAGAAUUCUGAAUGCAUUGAAGAAGGAUGAAGCUGUUAAGGUCAAUAUGGUUUUUUGUGGAGAGUUUCAGAUUAUGACAGCCAAUAAAAUUCAAAAGGAAUAUAAGUACUUCACAACAUCCAAUUCACCUAUUUACCGAGACACGAAUAUUACUGAAUGGUUCAAUAUAAAUGUUUUGGUAUCAAUUCUCAAAGAUCUUGAGGAAUUCCAAGAACGUGAUAGCGGAUGGGCUCUGGUUAAUGUUGUUAACCUAGGGGUGAAUAUAAACAAGUUCACACCCCAACUUGGAAGCUCAUACAUAGAACUUCCUCCUCAAAUAAAACGGAAAGAGGCUUGUAUCAAUGUGAAAAACGACGAUGAAGCAUGUUUCGCAUGGUCUGUGAUGGCGGCAUUACACCCUGUUGAGAAGGACCCCCAACGAUUAUCCAAAUAUCCUCAUUAUUCCAAAAUUUUGAAGUUGAAAGGUAUUCAAUUUCCGAUGACAAUGAAACAGAUACCCAACUUUGAAAAACAAAACCAGAUAUCCAUUAAUGUUUAUAUUCUGAAAAAGGAAAAGAGGAACUUCACUACAUUGCCAACAUACCUAACAAAAAUUAAAAUGAAUAGACAUAUCAACUUACUCCUUAUACAAGAUCACUAUUCAAACGAUGAUACUCCAGUGCGAUACCAUUAUGUAUGGAUCAAAAAUCUCUCUCGUCUGGUAUCGAGUCAAUUGAGCAAGGAACAUGGACAGAAAUUUAUAUGUGAUAGAUGUCUCCGGUACUUACGAUCUGAAGAAAAACUAAAAAGUCAUUCAGAGGAUUGUGGAAACAUGAAUGAAACAGCUAUAAAGAUGCCUGAGAUAGGAAACAAUACACUCAAGUUCAAAAAUCAUAAAAACAAGGAGAAGGUACCUUUUAUUAUUUAUGCAGAUCUGGAGAGCAUACUAAAACCUACUAACACCAAAAACAACUAUCAAGAACAUAAAGCUGCAGCUGUAGGAUACUAUGUAAAGUGUUCAUAUGAUGAUUCUCUGAGUUUUUAUCGUUCUCAUCGAGGUCCCAAUUGCAUGAAAUGGUUUGCAGAUGAGAUGAAUCAAUUUGCUGGAGACGUUGACUCAGUUUUCUUAUGUCCCUACGACAUCGAUAUGACGCCAAAACAGGAAGUCGAAUUUCGGAAGGCAACUCACUGUCAUAUUUGUGAAGAAAUGUUCAAACCUGAAGAUAAAAAAGUAAGAGAUCAUAAUCAUCUUAUCCCCGAAAAGAAUUACCGUGGAGCAGCACAUGAGGGGUGUAAUAUAAAUUAUAAGGAUAGUCACAUGAUUCCUGUAGUAUUUCACAACCUGAGUGGAUAUGACGCUAAUUUUCUGAUACAAGAUAUUGCCACAAGAAUGGAAGGGAAAAUCGAUUUUUUACCGAUAACUAAGGAGAAAUAUAUCAGUUUCACCAAACACUAUGAUGAUUAUCACAUUAAUUUCCGAUUCAUUGAUAGUUUCCGAUUCAUGGCUUGCUCUUUAGACAAACUAGCGUCCUAUUUAGAAGAGUUUCCGAACUUGAAAUCACAAUUUCCUGAGGAAUCUGAAGAACAUAUCAGUCUUCUUACGAACAAAGGAGUAAUGCCAUAUGAUUAUAUCGAUUCCUAUGACCGAUUCGAUGAAACUUCUCUUCCACCUAUUGAAGCAUUCUAUAACAAAUUGGAUUGUAGGAAAUGUCCACGAAGAAGAUAUGAGAGAGCACAACUUGUGUGGAAUAAAUUCAAAUGUCAGAAUUUGGGCGAAUACAGCGAUCUCUACAUGAAAACUGACAUUCUAUUGCUGGCUGACGUAUUUGAACAAUUUCGAUCGAGCUGCCAUAAGACUUAUGGAUUAGAUCCUGCGCAUUAUUUUACUUUACCAGGAUAUACGUACUUUGAUGUCAACAAUCAAUAUGGAUGGGCAAUGUCACAAUGUCUACCAUACGGCGGUUUUAUGUGGACCGAUACAAAUAUAAAUGUCUUGCAAAUUCCUGAUUAUGCUCCCGAGGGUUAUAUUUUAGAAGUCGAUCUCGAAUAUCCUAGAGAAUUGCAUGAUUUGCACAAAGAUCUUCCAUUCUGUCCAGAACAUUACAACUCUAAAACUCAAACACCUUGUUAUGCAUCUCAGCAAAACGCUAAACUUAUGGCCACAUUACAUCAAAAGAAGAAAUAUAUCAUCCACUACAGAAAUCUGAAGCAAGCAUUGAAGAAUGGAUUGAUUAUAACAAAAAUACAUCGAGUGCUCAAGUUCAAGCAAUCUACAUGGCUCAAGUCUUACAUCGACCUCAAUACGGAUCUGAGAAAGAAUGCCGAAAAUGAGUUCGAGAAGAAUCUCUUCAAACUGAUGAACAACGCUGUUUUUGGAAAAACGAUGGAGAAUAUUCGGAAAAGGGUUAAUGUCCACCUUCUAACAAAAUGGAAAGGACGAUAUGGGGCGGAAACUUAUAUCUCAAAACCUGAAUUCAAGAACUCUGUUAUUUUCAAUGAGAACUGUGUAGCUGUUGAAAUGCGAAAGCUGCAGAUCUAUUUGGACAAGCCAAUUUAUGUGGGAAUGAGUAUCUUGGAUUUGGCUAAAACUACUAUUUAUGACUUCCAUUACCACUACAUGAAUGAAGCUUUCAGUGCUGGCUGUACCAUCUUAUACACAGAUACCGAUUCUCUCAUUUAUGAGGUCUCUGAAGAUCCUUAUGAAAGAAUGAAACUUGACUGUUAUGAAAAAUUUGAUACCUCAGAUUAUCCCAAGAAUAAUACUUACGGUAUUCCUCAAGUUAAUAAAAAGGUAUUAGGAAUGAUGAAGGAUGAAAACAAUGGAAUACCUAUGACCGAUUAUGUUGGUCUCAGAUCUAAACUGUAUGCUGUGAAAACUUCUAAGGAUGAUCUGAAUGUGAAAAAACAACGAUGGGUGGAAGAAGAGUAUGAAGCUGAUGAAAUUGAAUCCAUGUGUCGAAAUUAUGGUACCACCAAGAAAGCUAAGGGUAUUAAAAAAUCAAUCGUUAAGAACAGAAUAUGUUUCGAUGAUUACAUUGAAUGUUUAGAAACAUGGAAACAUAAAAUUAUUUCUCAAAAUUUGAUUCAGGCGAAGGAACAUCAUGUGUAUUCACUGACACAGGAAAAAAUAGCUUUAAGUCCUGAAGACGAUAAACGAUGUUUGGUGCCCGGAACAUUCAACACUGUACCGUGGGGUCAUUAUUCACUCAAUAAACGCAAGAUUGAGGAAUAUGAUGAACCAAGGAAGAAGAUUUCAAUGUUGGAAAAAUUGUUGACUAUGUGA